ACAAACCAAAUGAAGACUUUAGCCCUUUGGUUUGAAUGUCAGCAAAUGAUUUUGUUACUUUUCCAAGAUAUUUGUUAUUUUAAAAAACUGUUGUGGGAAUUUAACCAUUUUCUGUUUGUGAUGGAGGAAAAAUGAACACUGGAACAGCUGACGCAAGAACAUCUCGGAACCUCACACCUGCUAUAAAACUACCAUGGAGAACUCAACUAAAAUACUGUUUGUUCUGCAAGGACUGAAUGAGACGAUGUCAAGCAAACACACAUUCUUUGUCGUCACGUUUCUCGCUUACCUUUUUACAAUUUCAGUGAACCUGACUUUGAUUGCGACAAUUAUUUUGGAGAAAACGCUCCACGAGCCCAUGCUUAUAUUUCUCUGUAACUUGUGUGUAAAUGGGAUAUUUGGUGCCUCUACAUUUUAUCCAAAAAUAUUGGUGGACCUUUCAUCUGAUUUAAGUGUUAUUUCGUACGAAGCUUGCCUGACCCAAAUAUUUGUAAUAUAUAGCUAUGUAUUCUGUGAGACCACUACGCUAGCAGUGAUGGCUUAUGACAGGUAUAUCGCGAUAUGCAAACCUCUCAAUUACCACUCCAUCAUCACGCCUCAGAAGGUUGUGAAAUUAUUGCUUUUUACCUGGCUUUUAUGCAUUUGUGAAUCACUAUCAUUGGUGGCCCUGACAGCCAGACUACCCCUCUGUCGAUUCAACAUCGACAAACUUUACUGCACAGUUUGGGCCGUGGUGAAGCUGUCAUGCGUGGAUACCACUAUCAACAACGUGUAUGGGACAUUUCUCAUUUUUUUUAACAUUUCACAGGCAGUGCUGAUCUUGAUUUCCUAUGUCAAUAUCGUCAAAGCAUCUGUACGAUCGCAGGAAGAUCGGAGUAAGUUCAUGCAGACCUGUUUGCCCCAUUUAAUCUCAUUGACUAACUUCACGAUCGCACUCGUUUUUGACGUCUUGUACGCUCGCUACGGUCCCACCGCUCGUCUGCACGCUCUCCGCAGUUUCAUGUCCCUGGAAUACCUCCUUGUUCCACCGCUCCUAAAUCCCCUCAUUUAUGGCCUGAGGCUGAACCAGGUCCGCCGGAGAAUUUUUAGAUUUUGCAGCCAGAAAACACAUGCUCUGAAAUGAAUAUUGUGUCAAGUGUGCUGUCCAAGCAGGAAAUUAUGGAUUAAAAAAAAAAAAAUCUGUGAUUGGUUGAAUUUAACAUUUGGAGCUGAUACAUAGGCUUUUGAAUUGUUAUCAGUUCAGUUGUCUCAUUUUCUACCCAAAUUUUCUUCAAGAUGGAUUAAUAAUUCUUGUGAAGUGAUUUUGUUUGCAAACCCUGUAUAGCCUACUUUAAUUCUCUCGCACACAUUCAGGUAGGCCAACUGUAGGUGCUUGGCACACAGUAGCGUACACAUGUUUAGUCUCAGUGUUCUCACAGUGAAGCUGCUUCAUAGUUAAAAACCAACCCCUGUAGUGUGUCCGGUCUUCAAAACACAGAUAUAUUGCUUAUGUGCAUACCUUCCAAAGGCAUGGAUAUGCAACUGAUUUCAAUGAGGAAAUGUGUGAUAACAUAUUAGAUGAUAUAUAUACAGUAAAUGGAAAACUUGU